AGCUUCCGGAACUUCUCCGGAAAGUGGUGAAACAAGGAGCCUGACUUCCGGUGGAGCGGUAAAAAUGGAGGAAAUCGGGAUCCUAGUGGAGAAAGCGCAGGAUGAGAUUCCUGCUCUCUCAGUUUCAAGGCCACAGACUGGCCUCUCAUUCCUCGUUCCUGAGGCUGAGGAUGUUGAAGAUUUGUAUAGCCGGUACAAGAAAUUACAACAAGAGCUGGAGUUCUUGGAGGUCCAAGAAGAGUACAUCAAGGAUGAACAGAAGAACCUUAAGAAGGAAUUCCUACAUGCCCAGGAGGAGGUGAAACGUAUCCAGAGCAUCCCACUUGUCAUUGGCCAGUUCCUAGAGGCAGUUGAUCAGAACACAGCCAUUGUUGGAUCCACCACAGGUUCCAACUAUUAUGUCCGUAUCUUGAGCACCAUUGACCGGGAGCUGCUAAAGCCCAAUGCCUCUGUGGCCCUACACAAGCACAGCAAUGCCUUGGUGGACGUGUUGCCUCCUGAGGCUGACAGCAGCAUUAUGAUGCUUACCUCAGAUCAGAAGCCAGAUGUGAUGUAUGCUGAUAUUGGAGGGAUGGAUAUUCAGAAACAGGAAGUGAGGGAGGCAGUGGAGUUGCCCCUCACACAUUUUGAACUCUACAAACAGAUUGGAAUAGACCCCCCACGAGGUGUACUCAUGUACGGCCCUCCCGGCUGUGGCAAGACCAUGCUGGCCAAAGCAGUGGCCCAUCACACCACAGCUGCCUUCAUCCGCGUCGUGGGAUCUGAGUUUGUGCAGAAGUACCUGGGCGAGGGGCCACGCAUGGUGCGAGACGUCUUUCGCCUGGCCAAAGAAAAUGCCCCUGCCAUCAUCUUCAUUGAUGAGAUUGAUGCCAUUGCCACCAAGCGCUUUGAUGCCCAGACUGGAGCGGAUAGAGAAGUUCAGCGCAUCCUCCUGGAGUUACUCAACCAGAUGGAUGGCUUUGACCAAAAUGUUAAUGUCAAGGUGAUAAUGGCCACAAAUCGAGCAGAUACCCUGGACCCUGCUCUACUCCGACCAGGUCGCCUUGACCGUAAGAUUGAGUUUCCUCUUCCGGAUCGACGUCAGAAACGAUUAAUCUUCUCCACCAUCACAAGCAAGAUGAAUCUGUCUGAGGAGGUGGAUCUAGAAGACUAUGUGGCCCGGCCAGAUAAGAUCUCAGGUGCUGACAUCAACUCCAUCUGCCAGGAGGCUGGGAUGCUUGCUGUCCGGGAAAAUCGCUACAUCGUUCUGGCCAAGGAUUUUGAGAAGGCCUACAAGACUGUCAUCAAGAAGGAUGAACAGGAGCAUGAAUUCUACAAAUAAAGAUGGGGAAGGGGGACAGAUGGGUUGGUUGUCUUAGUCUUUGGUGGGGUUGGUGGGUAGGGUCAGUUGGGGCGUAUGUCUAAUGCCAGUGAGUGAAAUUUAUCCUGUGAAUAAAUACCCAGAACUUCA